AAGAGACGUAGUUCAGCCCCUAGCCAGGUCGCCAAAAGAGCUUUACAGGAUGAUGAAUGUUCUCCAAAAAGCAAGAAAAGUCCCCUAUCUAUUAAAAAUAGGAAUACUUUAGCAUUGAUUUCUCCAUCGGUUCAUUCUAAUGAUGAGACUUCUCAAAGUCCUAAGACUUCUCAGAUCUCACAUCAUGAAGCCAGGAUACGAAUACUAUUGUCUAAACCUUUCCGAAUUCCAGUCAUUGGUUACACUGCAGGAACAUCAGGUCGUGUAUUGGGUAUGCGAAAAGAUGGAGUUCGACGGCCUUUACAUGAUCCUGAAGCUCCAAAUGCUUUAGUUCUUUACACUCCACCUCAAAUUUCAGCGCACGAUCGAAUAAGUCUUGAAAAAGAAAAGCAGCUUGUUCAUGUAGUUGUUGAUCCAGUUUUGAGUAACAUUCUGAGACCUCAUCAAAGAGAAGGUGUGAAAUUUAUGUAUGAAUGCGUUACUGGAGUACGUAUAGAAAAUGCUUUUGGGUGUAUAAUGGCUGAUGAAAUGGGUCUUGGAAAAACUUUACAGUGUAUUACCCUCAUGUGGACUCUUUUAAAACAAAGCCCACAAGCAAAGCCUGAAAUUGAUAAAGCAAUCAUUGUUGCUCCUAGUUCUCUGGUGAAGAAUUGGUGUAAUGAGAUACAAAAAUGGCUAUCUGGAAGAGUUAAUACAAUUGCAGUUGAGGGAGGUGGUGCAAAGGUAGUUGAAAAACAGAUUAGAGACUUUAUGUCAACACCAUCCGGUCGCAGAAACACCCAUCCUAUACUUGUUAUAUCUUAUGAAACAUUCAGGAUACAUGCCAAAGUCCUCCAUUCUUCACCUAUUGGUCUUGUUCUUUGUGAUGAGGGUCAUAGGCUAAAAAAUCGUGAAAACCAAACAUAUCUUGCUCUAACUGGCCUUGAUUGCAAAAGACGUGUGUUGUUAUCUGGAACUCCUAUUCAAAAUGAUCUUCUUGAAUAUUUUAGUCUUGUUCAUUUUGUCAAUGAGGGUAUCCUUGGAACAGCCCAGGAAUUUCGUAAACAGUAUGAAAUUCCCAUUCUCCGUGGUCAAGAUUCAUUGGCUUCUCAAAAGGAUCGGGAAGUAGCUAAAGAAAGAUUGGAACAGCUUAUUGGAAUCGUAAAUAGGUGUCUUAUCAGAAGAACUUCAGCUCUUCUAUCUCAGUACCUUCCUCUCAAAACUGAGUUAGUGGUGUCUAUUAAAAUGUCUUCAAUACAAGAAAUGUUAUACAAACAUCUUCUUGCUUCAGAUACUGCGCGAAAGGCUAUAAUAGAAAAUGAAGAUGGUGAAAAAUCAAGUAGACUUUCUGCUUUGUCAGUAGUAACUUCUUUGAAACAACUGUGUAACCAUCCAGAUCUUGUUAUGGAUAAAGUUUUAGAAGCUAAAGAUGGUUUCCAGGGUGCCAGAGCAAAACUUCCACCUGGUUAUGAAGAAUCUUAUAGAAGGAAAACUCUGAAUGUAGAAUUGUCUACUAAAAUGAUGAUACUUGAUUGUCUGUUAGCCAUUAUAAAAUCCACUUCGACUGACAAAGUGGUUCUAGUAUCUAAUUAUACACAAACAUUAGAAAUGUUCGAAAGGCUUUGCACCAUGCGAAAGUACCAAUAUGUGAGAUUAGAUGGUUCUAUGACUAUAAAGAAGAGAGGGAAAGUUGUUGAACAGUUUAAUAAACCAGAAUCUGGUAUUUUUAUCUUUAUGCUGAGCUCUAAGGCUGGAGGUUGUGGAUUGAACCUGAUUGGUGCCAACAGGCUUGUUAUGUUUGAUCCAGAUUGGAAUCCUGCGAAUGACGAUCAAGCUAUGGCUAGAGUUUGGCGAGAUGGCCAGAAGAAGCCUUGUUUUAUUUACAGAUUUAUUGCUACUGGAAGUAUAGAAGAAAAAAUGCUGCAGAGACAGGCGCAUAAAAAAGCCUUAAGUUCUAGCGUUGUGGAUUGCGAAGAAGAUGUGAAGUGUCAUUUUUCCAUGGUCGAGCUGAAAUCACUUUUCAUGUACCAAGAUAAUACUAAAAGCGAUACCCAUGACAAGCUGAAAUGUACGCGGUGUGUGAAUGGAAUUCAGACUAAAGGACCUCCUCCUGAAAGUGAUUGCACAGAUGAUUUUUCCAGCUGGCACCAUUGCUCUGAAAAGAGAUGGUUGAUAGAUCCAAUUCUCAAACAGUGCUGGGGGUCAGGCGUAUCGUUUGUUUUCUAUCAGCAUUCUCACAAGCAAAAACCAAUGGUCCAAAUAGAAAAGGAUGAAGAGGAAGAAAAAGAACAAGAAAAUGAGGACUGUGAUGAGGAAGAUUUGGAUAUAGUUAAAGAGAAUUCUGAAAAUUGUAUCUAG